ACAUUGGCUUAGGUUUAGUUAAACGCAGAGAUUAUGGAGAGUAUAUUUGGGCGCGAUCAUGAGGGAUACGUGGGUCGAGAGGAGCAUACUCGAAAGUUAGAGACACUAAACUCUGAGGAUGAUAUCAGUGAGCUGCCACCCAUGAUGGAGGAACUGAGCGUGGUUGACGGGGUGCGACCGAAUCCUGGAGGACCAUUUUCAGCGCUUAUCUCUUCCAUGUGGCCACAAGAUAUAUUGGCCAAGCUCGAACAGGAAGCGGAGGCGGCGACAGUAGCUGAAGAGAGCAAUAAAUUGACAGCAUUCGAUGAGUUUGGGUUUCGUAUAGAAGUAGACGAAACCAAGCAAAGCCCAAGUAAACUAGUAAACGUUCCCUUCGUGGAGGAUGAGCAGCAUAGACUGGAAUGGAUCGCGCACUUGGAGUUCUCACACAAUAAAAAGGCCACUGAAUUGACGUGGGAUCAUGUGGACGUUGUACUGCCGCGCACGGAAAAAUUACGCAAUAUGGUAAGAGAUGGCAUUCCACAUUCGUUCCGUGCACAAAUGUGGAUGCGGCUCUCUGGAGCACUGGCUAAGAAAAAGAAGAGCGAGACGAGCUAUGAGGAUAUAGUAAAGGCUUCCAGUAAUGACCAGUUAAUGACCUCAAAACAAAUUGAAAAAGAUCUCUUGCGCAUACUGCCCACAAAUGCCUGCUUUAGCAGUCCAAAUGGUACGGGUAUACCACGACUACGACGCAUCCUGCGCGGUAUUGCUUGGCUCUUUCCCGAUAUUGGCUAUUGUCAAGGCACAGGAGUAAUUGGCGCCUGCCUGUUGCUUUUCAUGGAGGAGGAGAACGCUUUCUGGAUGAUGGCGACCAUUGUAGAGGAUUUAUUACCCGCUUCAUACUACAGCUCUACGCUAGUGGGCAUUCAGGCAGAUCAACGAGUAAUGCAAACCCUAAUAGCAAACUAUUUGUCCAGCAUAGAUGGAUUGCUGAAGAAACAUGACAUAGAAUUGUCUCUAAUAACUCUGCACUGGUUUCUCACACUUUUCGCCAACGUGGUGCACAUGAAAAUUCUGGUUCGUAUCUGGGACUGGUUUUUCUAUGAGGGUUCCAUAGUGCUCUUUCAAUUGACGAUGGGCAUGCUAAGGAGAAAAGAAGGGGACCUGAAACUUUUGGAAAAUUCCGCGGAAAUAUUUAAUUCCCUUUCCGAUAUACCCGGCGAAGUUGAUGAUGUUGAGUUGUUGUUCCAACAGUCCAUAGAAGUUGGAGGCUCGCUUAGCCAAACUGUCAUUGAUACACAUAGACGACGACAUUUGGCCUAUCUUAUGGCCGAAGCGGAUCAAGAACCACAAACGGGCAAUCCCGAAAACGCGCUCAAUUUACCAAAGCAAAAAUUAGCACGACGCCAAGUACGCAAAAGCAAGUCCAUACUAGAAGCUUUUCUUUUCCGAAGUGAUGGCGAAGCAGAUGAUCUGAAGAAUAAAAACAUACGCCAGACGGAAAUUCUGGUUGAUUUAAGGGAGGCCAUUCUUAAAGUAGCUCGUCAUUUCAUUACAAUUGAGCCCAAAUUGGCAGCACACAUUCAACUGACAGCUAACUACAGCACAGAAUCGCAUGCCAAGGAUCAUGAGAACUUUAUCAAUGUGGCAAGGACACGCAAACGGCGGGCCAAGGCUUUGCAUGACUUUGAGCGGCACGAGGAUGACGAAUUGGGCUUUCGACGCAACGAUAUCAUCACAAUAAUAAGUCAAAAAGACGAACACUGUUGGGUCGGCGAGCUAAAUGGUUUAAGAGGCUGGUUUCCUGCCAAGUUUGUGGAACUGUUAGAUGAACGAAGCAAAUUGUAUACAUCAGCUGGUGAUGAUGCCAUAUCUGAAACGGUUACGGAUUUGGUGCGUGGCACACUGGCGCCUGCUAUCAAAGCAUUCCUGGAGCAUGGCAUGAAAAGGCCCUCAUUUUUGGGGGGACCCAUCCAUCCGUGGCUGUUCAUCGAAGAGGCUGCUACGCGCGAAGUGGAAAAGGAUUUCGAGUCGGUCUACAGCCGUCUUGUGCUUUGCAAGACCUACCGGUUGGAUGAAGACGGCAAGGUACUCACCCCUGAAGAGCUUCUCUAUCGCUGCGUGCAGGCUAUCAAUCAAACGCAUGACGAUGCGCAUGCACAAAUGGAUGUGAAGUUGCGAUCACUUAUUUGCCUGGGACUCAAUGAACAGGUGUUGCAUUUAUGGUUGGAGGUUUUGUGCGCCUGUCAAGAAGUCGUACAAAAGUGGUACUACACUUGGAGUUUUAUCGACUCGCCGGGCUGGGUGCAAAUUAAAUGUGAACUGCGCAUUCUCUCACAGUUUGCCUUUAACUUAAAUCCCGAUUGGGAGUUGCCUCCAAGGCGAGGAAAAGAAUCACAACCACUGAAGGAUGGUGUGCGCGAUAUGUUGGUCAAGCAUCAUCUGUUCUCAUGGGAUUUGUGAGUCAACGAGCAACUGCGAUAGCAUCAAUUUUUUUUAGUAUUAUGAGUAAAGCUGAUCGUUUGCAUAGUUUUUGUGUACAUACAGUCACAAUGUACCAAUUCCUCAUUCCAUUUGUUUUUAUCAAAUUAAGCUUCAGACCUAUUUAUGUCAUUGUCUUAUAUUUAUAUUUUAGCGUGUAAGUAAAAUGUCCCCUUUUAUUGUACCAAUUUCCACUCACAUAUUUAUGUAUGUAUCACGCUUUGAUUUUCUUGUGCAAUAUUUUUUUGUUUGUUUUCUAACGCAAAACUUAAGUGCUUUCGGUCCUUUAAACUAACUUAAUGGACCCUUGUUAUUGCUAGCUACUUCUUAAUGUCACUCUAUAU